UAGAAAGGAGAGUGAGUUUGUUGGCGGCGGAGCAAACAGAAGGGGGGAAAUGGGAAAGAAAGAGAAGAAAAACAAGCACCAGCAACAGAGAGGCUCCCGCCGAGGUGGAGCCGCCUCUUGCUUCGACGCGGAAGACGAUGACACAUACCCAUCAAACCCACUCUCCUCUACUCUGUCUGAUGAAGAAAAAGAAGCCUCAGAAGAACAAGAAGUUGAUGGCGAUUCUGAAGAAGAGGAGAUAAACGACCUAAAUCCAUCAUCAACCGAUAUGCCCUCCAAAUUCCUUCUCUACCAGCAAUCCGUACAGUCGCCGAAAGGAGACAUAAGCUACUUGCAGAAGUUCUUUUUGAUGUAUGUAGGUGGAAGGAUGCCUCUCCAUUUUCAGGAAGAUUUCUGUGGCACUGCUCUUCUUAGUACAGAAUGGCUCCGAAGUGACUCGAGACGGACUGCAGUAGGAUUGGAUUUGGACCUUGAAGCACUAAAUUGGUGUAUGGAAAACAACAUAAAUAAAGUUGGGGGUGAUGGGUAUUCCAGGAUAUCCCUCUUUCAUGGAAAUGUCCUGCAACCCAUCGAGGCCAAACUGAUUGAAUUUGAUCCACAGAAACUGAUAGGAGAUAUCAAAUUGGGAGAGAGUAACGAGAGUUUGCAAAAUGAUGGCCUGGAAUCUACCAUGCAGGCUGCCUCUGCUUCAUCUGUUGUCAACAAGUGCAUGAAGAACACUCCGCUGCACGCAAGAGACAUCGUGUGUGCUUUUAACUAUAGCUGCUGUUGUCUACACAAGCGGGCAGAAUUGGUUUUGUAUUUUAAGCAUGCUCUUGAUGCCUUGUCUAAGAAGGGUGGUAUUUUCGUGAUGGAUUUAUAUGGUGGCACAUCAUCAGAGAGGAAACUACGACUUCAAAGGAGAUUUGCCAAUUUUACGUACGUUUGGGAGCAAGCUGAAUUUGACAUCAUUGAGCGUAAAACGAGGAUUAGUCUACAUUUUCAUCUCCAGAAACAGCAGAAAAAACUUCGCCAUGCAUUUUCAUACAGCUGGAGGCUGUGGUCAUUGCCCGAGAUCAAAGACUGCUUAGAGGAGGCUGGAUUUCAAUCUGUACACUUUUGGGUUCGUCAAAUGCCAGACACGGAGAAAAUGAGGAGUACAGAAGGAUUUGGGGUCGGAAAGGACGUGAAGUACGAGGAGGUGAAAAAUUUUCCACAAGAGGAUGCAUGGAAUGCAUAUAUUGUUGGUGUCGCAAACUGUUUGUAGUAUUCUGCUAUCUGAUAGGAUGCUGCACUGAUUGAUACGACGAACAGAUCAACAGCAACGGUAAAGCAUUGAUUAGGUGAAUGCGAGCUAUUUACAUGGUAGUAAACUGCAUUUAGUUUUGCGGCUUCCAUUGUAUUAAUCAAAUUCUCUUGUAUGGUUUCCAGCUUAAUAUCUUUAAUAACCCCAACCCAAGAAAGGUAGUCCGGUGCAAUUGAAAUGGCACAAUCCUUGUUGAUGGAGAUUUUCAUGUGGUUUCUAAAUAGGACAAGAAUAAUGGGAUUUGAAUGGUGUAAUUUAACAUAUUUAGGAA